AUGCCCACCCAGCUCCGGCUUCUCCGGCGAGGCUACCGAGCCGCCACCGUCGCGGCGUCCAAGGCAGGGGCGAAGAGGAAGGUUCUUGAUGGAACCCCGGCGGCGCUCGGCUUCCGGAUGCCGGCUGAGUGGGAGCCGCACGACCAGUGCUGGAUUGGGUGGCCGGAUGCUCAAGGAUUUUGGAGAGAUGCGGCUGCCCCUGCUCAAAAAGCCUUUGCAAAUGUUGUAGAUGUAAUCUCAAGGUUUGAGCCUGUCACUGUAUGCUGUAACGCUGCCCAGUACGCGAGGGUAGCCCAUUUGAUGGAACAUAAAUCCAACGUUAGAGUGGUAGAGAUGAGCGCCUAUCUUGUUUGGUUGCGUGAUUUGGGCCCCAGUUUUGUUGUGCGUGAAGGCGACGCAAGAUCGAGGAGAGAAAUUGCAGGGGUGGAUUGGCAGUACAAUGCAUAUGGAGGUUAUAAUGAUUUAUUUGGGCCAGAAGAUCAUCAGCUCAAUAGGAGAAAAGGACAUGAAGAACAUAUAACUCAAGACAACCUUGUUGCCAGGAAGGUUUUGGAAUUGGAGAGGAUUCCUAGGUUUGAAACCAAUUUUGUUCUUGAAGGUGGAAGCAUUCAUGUCGACGGAGAAGGUAGAACAUGUAUCACCACUGAGCAGUGUUUAUGCCAUGGAAACAGAAAUCCCCAUAUGAGUAAGGAUGAGAUAGAGAACCAGCUGAAGACUCAUCUUGGUGUGUCGAAGGUCAUAUGGUUACCCAAAGGGCUUUUCGGGGAUGAAGUGAUCAGUGGGCAUGUUGACAACAUAUGCUGCUUUGCGGGACCAUCCACUGUCCUCUUAUCAUGGAUCGAUGACAAAUCUGAUCCUCAGCAUGAACAUUCAGCUGCCGCAUUCGAUGUUCUGUCCAAUACCACUGAUGCCAAGGGCCGGAAGUUAGAUAUUAUCAAGAUUCAUGUCCCUGGGCCACUGUACAUGACUGAAGAAGAAGCACAACCAUUUCUAGGCUUGGUGGCAUUAGGGCAGCAGAGGCUAGCUGGGUCGUAUGUGAACUUCUACAUCGCCAAUGGUGGGGUUGUAGCACCAGCCUUUGGUGACAAGUGGGAUGAAGAAGCACGCAAAGUUUUGGAGAAAGUGUUUCCCAAACACGAGGUGGUGAUGGUGGAAGGGGGGAGGGAGAUUGUCCUCGGAGGAGGAAACAUUCAUUGCGCGACGCAGCAGCAACCUGCCGUUUGCUCCAAUCCCUCUGAUGGAGACACCAUGUAG